AUGAUUGAAGCUGGCUUCGUAUUAUUAUUUCUUGGGGUUUCAUUCCUAUUAUUAUCCUAUAAGCAAUUGAAUGCAAUUUUUUAUAGAGCAUUCAAGGCCACAACUAAAAAACAACCAGUUAUUGAUGCUGAAAAAAAAGUUGCUUCUUCUUCUUCUUCUGGGUAUGGAUCAAAUGAACCAUUACCUGAUCCAACUCCAUUGAUGAUUACUCCUGAAGAAGUUUCAAAUUAUGAUGAUAGACCAUGGAGACCAUUUAGAUGGCCUUAUCAUCAAACUAUGUCCAUUUUCAAAUUAGAUAUUAAUCAUUGGUUGGACAUGGACAAAUACUACAUGCAUUAUAUUAAAGAAAAGGAAAGAAUUAGACAUAAAUAUGGUAAGCAAAACUUUGAUAUGUUACCUGAAGGUUAUGAUGGUUGUUUUGAAUUGAUGGAAACGGUUACAAAUCAUUUGAUUGCAAGAUAUCCUUUGUUAUUUACAGUUUUGAAAAAUGGUAAUUAUGAAAAAGGUAAAGCUGGCGACGGUAAGAUUAUUCGUAAUGAAAUCACUAAAGAAAUAUUAGAUAUGACUUUGCCGUUAAAAGAAUCACCUUUAGUUUAUGUUUCUAAAUUGGCCAAAGAAGAUUUCUAUGUUGUGAAAAAGAAUCCUAACGAUGGAUUACAUUAUCUUGUUGGUGCUGCAGUUCCCUUCCCUGGUGGAUCUUUUGGCAUUGAUGAGAAAAUUGGUCAUCAUAUCGAUACUAUACAUGCAGAUGUGCCAUAUUAUAAAGAGAAAUUGAAAAAAUCAAUGGAGAGAUGGUUUGAUAGAAUGAAAUCAAAUGAUCCAGUAGAAAGAGCAAGUUGGUAUAUUACAUGGGAUGUCAAAUUAAAAGUAAAUAACAUUUAUCAACGUCCAGAAUUUAAACCAAAUUUAGAAGCAGAAAUGAAAUCUACUGAUCCUAAGGAAUUUAAUGUUCGUGUUGAAAGACAAACUUUAAGAAGAUUGCCUAAAUCAAAUGUUAUUAUUUUCACUAAUCAUCCAGUUUUUUAUUCUAUUGAAGAAAUGAAAGAUGAACCAAUGAUCCCAUCACUUUUGAAAAAAAUAUUGUAUGAAGGUCCAGAAGAUAUUUUAAAAUAUAAAAAUUUUCCAUUUAUUAGAGAUCAUCUUGCUGAAUAUCUUGAUAAAUUAAUUGCUAGACAAUAUAAACUUGGGAUUAUUAAUGAUGAAACACCAUUGAAAACUCAGCCCACCUAUCCAUUUGCUUAUUGGAGCAAAACUAACUUUGAUUACGUCAAUGGGUGGAGUAAUCCAAGUCCUUCUUAUGACAAGAAAAACAUGAAAACGGAUACGUUGAAAAAUGUGAAACUAGCUGAUAAUGAGUGA